AAGGGUAUGCCUGGCUACGUUUGAAGUCGUUCGCUUAUUACUAGAAUGCGAGUCUGACGUAGCGGUUGUGAGGUUGUGUCGAAACUCAAAUGCGUUGACUUACUAAGUUUUUUAUAUGUUACACUUCAAUUAUAAAAAUUCGAAUUUAUUAUUAUUAAACCAGUGUAUUGUUCGCGAAUUUCGAGAAGUUAUGCGUUAAAAAAUUACCUGUUAUGUGCGUUUACGAUAUUUUCGGUUAAGAUAAGCCAAUUUAAAGGUCUGUGAUAACAAGAUGUCUGAUAACCAGCAAUUUUGUCUUCGGUGGAAUAACCACCAAAGUACUUUGGUGCAAGUGAUCGAUAGUUUACUAUCCAGCGGCGUAUUGGUCGAUUGUACACUGGCGGCCGAGGGACAGUAUUUACACGCGCACAAAGUCGUAUUAUGUGCUUGUAGUCCGUACCUAGAGACGUUAUUAAGUCAACAUUACGAAAAGCAUCCGAUAGUCAUAUUAAAGGAUGUUAAGUUUCAAGAGCUCAAGUCGAUGAUGGAUUACAUGUACAAAGGCGAAGUGAACAUCUCGCAAGAUCAAUUAGGGCAAUUUCUAAAGGCUGCUGAAUCGCUACAAAUUAAAGGUUUGACGGACGGCGGCGGCGGCGAAAAUGAUGCCAAAGAUGUCGGUACCUCAGCACACAAUAAAAGGCACGAUCCGCCACCUAUUAGAAAAUCCGUACCACCCAACCAAUCUAGAUCAUCCGUUGUAUUACCUUCUCACAGCGCUGGUCUAACGAUCGAACCAAGUAAACGAACAAUACCGUCUCAUUUAUCCGAAUCACAACCAGAUAGUCCGAUUCGAUCGCGAGAAGGUAGUUCGUCACCCACACCUCGUAAACGAAGAAGACCCAGAAGGCCUUCUCAAGGCGAUGACGACGGUCAUCAAGAUAACUGUGAUCUUCCAAUGCAGCAGCAGUCUAUUCUAAAUACCGUUCCUAUCAUUCCACAAUUACCUGCUGGUUCCUCAUCUACCAUAACUAAAGCUCCACCGCCGGACGACGAACCCGAUCAACCUGCCGAAUCAGACGUUAGAUUAGCCGAGUCGGGCUUGCUAAAAGAAAAAAUAGAGCCUCAAUCCGAACUUUUAAUUGAACCUAAGACUGAAUAUAUGGAAGAAACUAAUAACGACGAUAGCGUUGAAGAUUUAACCUUAGACGACGACGACGAAUACGAUAAUAUGGACGGCGCUGGUCCUUCGCACGGCGGCGACAAUUCUAACCAAAGUUACGGUCAAUGGCAAAUGGGUGAAAGAACACAUGACGAUGUUUUCAUGGCGGCCCAAGAAGCUGUCGGCGGCGGACCUAGAGACUCACAAGAAUGUAUUCGGGUGAAAACUGAACCAAAUGAUGUGGAGAUGUGUUCUCCAUUGGCGUUACAGUUGAACAACUCUGAUUGGUCUAUCUCACCUUCAAGCGGUUCUUUGUCAGAUGAUAACGUUCUGAGUCCAGUCAGUGAAAACGAGGUUGAAAGUAUCACCGAAGAUAUCGAAGACAGUAACAUUCCGAGUCCAGUCAGUGUGAAUGGGGUUGAAAAUACUGUCGAAGAUGUCGAAGGCAGUUCUGCAAUUGCCGACUACAACGAAUCGAGUACUAUUGCUGCCGACGAUACUUCUUCAUAUAAUGGAAUGAUUGUCGAUAUCGCUAGCAACGGUGCCGAUUCUCAAGUACCUGAAACCAACGAACAGUUCGAGGAAGAACUUUUGGCAGAUUCCGCCACCAACAUCGGCCAAAUCCAUCCCAACGUCGAAAAUGGCCCGCAAGUUUGCCAAAUGAUUGUUGAAAACAAUCAUUCGGAAAUCUUCAAUGGUCCAACCGACAUGAUCCAUUCGGAGGAUGACUUAUCCGAUAUCGAGCUGUGUUUAGAAUCACCUGUUGCCUCGCCCCAUCCAUCGAAUCACGUUACCGAUACCCACCAAACGGAUCAGCACAACGUUCCGAAGCAAGUCGAGGUCAUCUCACUCGAACAGAAAGAAGCUGAAAUCGAUUGCGGAGUAGAACCGUUGUCAGAUCGGCUCACCUCCGAGUCUAGCCCAAGUCCCGUCAGCAUUUCACCUCCUCCUCCGCACAUCGUUACUCCUGCCGAAAUGGUCGACCAGUUUAUAGCCUCGGCACCGUGGAAGAAUCCUCCUCCCACCAAACAGACCUCGGCCAAGUCCAAGACACCGGCCGACGUCGUUAAACACGGAUCAGUCAUCAUUCGAGCUCGUGGAAAGAUCUUGCGCAAAUCGUCGCGUAAGAAAAAUCUCACCAACAAGAAACUAACAGCGAGACGUCGAGAUAGCUUCCAAGAAUAUCUCGAACAAGCCUUCGACUUGAAACCGUUCAUGAUUCGGCUAGACAGACACCGAAACGAAUCCGAAAUCAACGAGUCGGAAAAACUACAUUUCUUGUCCAAUUUCCACCUGAAGAAGAAAAGCGUUUUUCCGCUCUACUCGGAGCACCAGAAACGAGCCGAAUUCAACUCUCCUCGUCGUAAACCUCCGUUGAAAGCUAAACGAUCUCAGAAUAAGAAAGGUGCCGCGAAACCGAAAGCGGUUGCGAGAAAAAGAACUACACCGAAGCCUGAUCUCAGUCGAUACUCCAGAUGCAUCCAAGGAGUAAUCAUCGAAAGAUGGGAUGAAAACGCUUAUAGGAGACCUAUCGAAAUCCACGAUGAACACAGUUACAAUUUCAGAGAGAAUGAAAACGAACGCAGGUUGUCAACUGAUUUCUCCCUGGCAGUGUAACUCUGCCAUCCUACGUACUUGGAUUACAGUGUGUCAUAAAUUCGAUAUUUUUUUAUGCACAAUGUUGCUCGAUUGUCUCCCAUACGUAGUGUUAAAAUAGUAACCUGUAAUGUUUAGCUUUAAAUUUCUAAUACUUUAUGCAUUAUCUUGUUGUUUUCUCCUUCGUCAGUAUUCUACAUUUAUAUAUGUAGUAUGAAACGAGUACCUUUCAUUACCUCGUAAAUUUUUAUGUAGUGUUUAGAAAAAAUGUAAAUGUGAUAUUGGAAAAUGGUGGUACUUUCACAUAACCGUUUUGCCAUACAUUUUAUAUACCUAUAUCUCUAUUAAAUUUUAUAGGGAUAUGCUUAUUGUGAUAAUUGAAAAGGUUUCAUCUACAUUCAUAGUCGUAUCAGUAUAUUGUUGCUUUUGAUGACAAGUCGCUUGUUUGUUUGUAUAAAUUUACAUGGUGCGGUAUGUGUGCCUUGUUCCCCUCCCCCAUCCCCCCUUUCCAUUGAAUAUAUAUAUAUGGGUGGCUAGGUCUCAGUAUCUAUCGCAAAUGGAUCCAAUUUUUUAACAUUAUAUUGUAAGUUUUCCAAUUUUUUUCCCUUU